AUGGGGCCCCCGCCGAAGGGCCCCCGGCCGAAGAGCAGCAGCAGCAGCAGCAGCAGCAGCAGCAGGGAGGAUCGGGAGGGCGGGGGGGGCCCCUGGGGCCCCUGGGGGCCCCCCGGGGCCCCCGGAAAGGGCCCCCACCAGGGGCCCCCCGUAGAAGAGUGUGAGGCCCCAGUGUCUGGCAGCUGCGACUGCCCGCCCCCUUUGAAGUUCUCAGUACCCCCUUUGACUGACCAGGGGGCCCCCGGGGGCCCCCUGGGGGCCCCCGGGGCCCCCUGGGGGGCCCUUCUUUGGGAGGCCCCCUACUCUUGUGGCAAUCCUGCAGUGGAAAGGAUUACAGGAGUCAUAAGGUACUUCAACUCCGCUCCGAGGGGCCCCGAGGGUCACGUGAGGGCCCCCAUGGGGGCCCUCACGGGGGCCCCCCGCUCCUCGGGGGCCCUCGGGGGGCCCCCCGGGGGGCCCCCCGGGGGGCCCCCCGGGGUUGUGGCUGAGGGGCCCCUCUCGUUGGACGGCGCAGGGGGAUCUUCUUUGGAGCUCCGCCAGCGCAGCAGCAGCAGCAGCAGCAGCAGCAGCACGACUGGCGAUUCGUCCGUCGCUGCUGCUC